AAUGGCGGGUGAGGAGGAGCCGGUGGCGAUCGAGGCGGCCCUGAGUGAUCCUGAAGAUGAGGAGGAUGAUGAACUGGCUGCAAAGAAGCACCGGCAGCUUGUGGAUGCACUCAGCACAUUGGCUGGAGGAAAGCGGCAGCGAGCGGCUGAGCGUACAGAGGCGAGCAGAAAUGUCUCUGAAUUCGAUGUGGGUGGUGGAGGUGCUGGUGAGAAAGUGAUGCUCUCAGAGCUGCUGCAGCCUGUUUCCACCACAUCAGCUCUUGGCUCCAUUCGGAAACAGCUGAGCAAAGUCCGGCAGACCAAGGCAGUCCAACUCCCACUGAGCAAGGAGGAGAGUGAACGGGUGGUGAGAGAAGCUGCAUAUACCGAGACAUCCCAAGCCUUGGCUAAGUGGGAUCCGGUAGUCCGACAAAACCGGAAUGCUGAGCAGCUGGUCUUCCCGCUGCAGCAGGAUUGUGUGACUGUAGCACCCAUUGAAGAAGUGAUAAGCAAUUGGAAGCCCCGGACACCGCUGGAGGAAGAGAUCUUCAGUCUUCUCCACAAAACACAGCAGCCGGUGAAGGAUCCACUUCUGACUCCUCAUGAAAAGGCCUCGCUGCAGGCCAUGAGCCUGGAAGAGGCUCAGCAGCGCCGGAUGGAGCUCCAGAAAGCCCGGGCCUUGCAGUCCUACUAUGAAGCCAAGGCACGCCGUGAGCGCAAAAUCAAGAGCAAGAAGUACCACAAAGUGCUUAGGAAAGGCAAGAGUCGUAAGGCGCUGCAAGAGUUUGAGACGCUGCGGAAAUGCAACCCCGAGGCAGCCCUGGAACAGCUGGAGAAGAUGGAGAGAGCCCGUAUUGAGGAGAGAAUGAGUCUGAAACAUCAGAACAAGGGCCGAUGGGCCAAAUCUACUGUCAUCAUGGCAAAGUAUGACUUAGAGGCUAGGCGAGCCAUGCAAGAACAGCUCUCCCGGAACAAAGAACUGACGCAGAAAGCACGCCCAGCGUCGGACAGUGAGGAAGAUGGCAAGGACACUGAAAUGGAGGGGUGCCUGGUCCCUGAUGUUAUCAAUGAGGGCCAUGUUGGAACAGACCCAGAUAACCCCUGGAUGCUGGGCAAGGCCUCUGCAAAGUCUAAGGAAGAGCCUCGAGCUCCAGCAGACAGCGUAGGGAGUGGGGAGGAAGAGGAGGAGGAGGAGGAGCUGGCGGUGUCCAGCGAGGAAGCUUUGUUGCAAGACUUUGAUGAACGCCGGCAGAGCCUGUGUCAAUUUCAAGCCAAUGGUCUCGGUGGAGAAAAGGCUGCCCUUGUUGUGCCCGAUGUGCUCCCGCCAGCUCCCACAAGCCCUGUGCCGGAGGGGCCCCUCCUGAGCGAGAAGCUAGAGCGGCUCCGCACCUUGGAGGAUGUGGAAGCCCUGGAGCCAGAGGAAGAUGCCCAGAGACUCGAGCCGGCACGAUCAGAGGAUGCUGAACCUCUGCAGCCGGUGGAGCCGUCAUCUCAGCCCAGGGGUGGAAGGGCCCCAGCUGCCAAGAACAGAACAGCUGGCAAGCGCCAGGCCCUCAUUGAUCUGAAGGCGGUCCUGGCUGAGACAUCCACUCCCACACAAUGUCCGCUCGUGCCCAAGGUGGUACAGGAGGAGCUGGAGUUGGCCAGUGACCAGCGGCAGGUGAUCCGUGAGGCCUUUGCCAGUGACAACGUUGUGGCAGACUUCCUGAAAGAGAAGCGCCGUGCAGAGCAGGAUAGCAAACCGAAAGUGGUCGACCUGGUGCUCCCGGGCUGGGGUGAAUGGGGCGGCACCGGCCUACGGCCUAGCACCAAGAAGCGGAGACGGUUUCUUAUCAAACCCGCCCCUGGACUCCCAAGAAGAGACCAGCAUCUGCCCCAUGUGAUCCUUAGUGAAAAGCGAAAUAUUUCAGCUGCUGCUCAUCAGGUGAACCAGCUGCCGUUCCCCUUCGAAAACAGCCAGCAGUUUGAGCGCAGCAUCCAAGCGCCCGUGGGCUCUACCUGGAACACCCAGCGUGCUUUUCAGCGGCUGACAGCCCCCCGAGUCGUCACCCUGCCUGGCCACAUCAUCAGCCCCAUCAGUGUCGAGGAUACCUACCUGACCCGCCAAACGGAUACGGCGAAAGCAGCAGGGCAGAAAGCUGCCUUGGAUUUGAUAUCUCCUCCCAAACGCCACAGUGCCUCAAAAAAGAAAGCCCGGAAGCGCUGA